UCUAAAAUUAACCAUUUGUAUACACAGAGAAAAAAAUAUGCGUAGGAAUCUCCCAAAUAUCAUCAUUCGCCGAAUGUAAAUAAAUAUUUGACAUUUAACUGUGCACAGCAAUUGGAGUGAAAAGUUUCUAGCCUCCAAUUUACCCGGUUGUUUAAUUCGCAAAUUAGCAGAGUGCACUUUGUUUCGUUUGAUGGGAAACUGUUUGACUUUUGGUUUAUAUGUUAAAAUUUUCAUUUAAAUCUAAAAUUUCAAAAAAAAGAACCCAUCAAGAAAAACCGUUGUGCCCACAAGACUAGACUUCAAAAGAUAAAGGUUUACCUACCUACGUAUUUUUGUUAUAAAAAUCACUCAAGUUGGAAGUUAUAAAUCUUUCGAAAAGAAGAGUCGAAAUAAUUUUCUUGGGCAAAUUAAAGGAAUCGGUCAUAUAAUCAUCAUCCAUUUUUCUUCGAAAUAAAAAGAAAUCACAACAAAAACGAAUAUUCCAAAUAACUUUUGAGUCGGUCUAACUGAGAAAAAAAUAUGAGGCAGAAGCUUCAAAAAUUCGUUUCAUCAGCACAAAGAAAAGAAACGCUGACACAUGGGAAUUUGUUGAAAAAUUGAGGGAGGUUUGAAAGAAAAUUGCCUGCUUUUUUUCAUCAUUUUAUCGAGCUCAUUUGGAAUGUUGUGCCCAUUGAAUCAAGUUAAAAUAUAAAACCGCAGACAGUUUGACUAGUUUUUUCACCAUUUUCGGUGUUGUGUAUAUUUCUAGACUAAAAAGUGUGCUAUCAUUUGGUCUGUAUGAUAAAAAAAAGCAGCCAUUCAAUAGCUCAGCAGUUGGAAUUGAUGAUUAAGCUAUGUCGAGAUUACGUUAUUGGAAUUAUGAUAAUGCGUGUUAACAUUGUUUGCCCACUAGCGAAUCGGAGAGACAAGAAAAAAAUUAAUAAUCGUAUCGAACGUGACAAAUUGACCCGGAACAUAAACAAUUUAAAUGUCCCCGAAAUAAACACACGAUUUGCGAUAAUCACACCAAUAAUAAAUUCAACGUUAUGGAAAUUUGCACAUGCCAAAAAAUAAAGUAAAUUAUCCAUGCUCGAAAUGACUCAAUACACGGACACACACAUACCAAAAUAAAAUUCGAAUGGAAAAUUUGCUGAGCUUCGCACUUCUGACUAAUGGCGUGAUGCGUACGCGAUCUAAAUUCCAAAGACGAGCGGGUACGCUAUUCCGUGAAAAAUGAAAACAUCGUGCGGUCGGAGCGCAAAACAAUAAAUGAUAAACAAAACGCUCAUUUUUGUGCUUUUGAAAAUAAAUGAAUUUUCAGUUUGCGACAUUAAUAAUGUUAUUCAAAAUAUACAAUAAAUCACAACAACGGCAAUAAUUAUUGUGUUAUCUGUACAUCAAAAUGUACGAGCGCAUUUAAUUUGCACAAAACAACCACACUACUAGUCUAUAUCUAUCUAUGUGAUUUAGUGUGUGUGUGUGUGUGUGUGUGUAAUUUUGCUGUUAUUCCAUUCGCAAUUAUUUCCUGUUGAAGCGCACGUAAAAUUUUCUGUCGACUUGAAAUUCAAAAACACGACACAUUCAUAGAGGCUCUUUAAAAGGAAACGAAGUGGAAAUGAAGCUGCCACGAUUGUCAAACAUUCAAUCCAUCAGCGAAAAGGUGGAACCGGGAACAAAAUUCAAAGAUACCGGACGCUGGCGAGAUUUGACUGCCUACUGGAUUUUAGGAUUAUGUAAUAAUUACGGAUAUGUGGUGAUGUUGAGUGCAGCGCACGACAUCAUUGCCAGAUUUAAUUCAGAUGAUCAUGCAACCUCAAAACCAGACUAUCAAAAACCAGAGAAUGAACGAUAUUGUCAAAUCAUGUCAACCGGUGCUAUUCUUUUGGCAGAUAUUCUUCCGUCGCUGGUAGUUAAAGCGUGUAGUCCGUUCUUACCAUUCUAUGUAAAUGUUCGAAUUUUUCUCGCUUGUUUCAUGCAAUGCGCUGGAUUUUUAUUAGUUGCUUAUGCCGACAGUACUGCAAUGGCGAUCUCAGGUGUUGUUUUGACAUCGCUCAGUUCAGGUCUCGGUGAAGCGUCAUUCUUAUCAUAUUCAUCAAAGUUCCAUAAAAAUGUGAUAUCGACAUGGUCGUCAGGAACGGGAGGAGCAGGAAUUUUCGGAAGUUUCUCGUAUGCAGCUUUAAUUUCGAUUGGCAUUUCGCCAGUCAAUACAAUGUUAUUAAUGUUAAGUGUGCCGUUAAUGGAGGGGGCAGCUUUUUGGGUACUGUUACGUAACCCAUGUACGAUUCCCAAACGAGAUUCAGAAGCGGAGUUCAGAACAUCACCAGACGAUCAAGAAGCCGCAGUUGAAACGAAGCAAGCCAAACUUACGCUCAGCGAAAAGAUUCGCUAUGUGCCUUCAUUAUUCAAGUAUAUGAUUCCAUUGUCGCUGGUGUAUUUGUUUGAAUAUUUCAUCAAUCAAGGAUUGUUCGAAUUGGUUUACUUCAAAAAUAUUGAAAAUUGGUUGGACCAACCGGCACAGUACCGAUGGCUGCAAGUUGACUAUCAAAUCGGUGUGUUCAUCAGUAGAUCGUCGGUCAAUGUGGUAAAAAUCGACAAGAUUUGGUUGAUGGCAGUGUUCCAACUGAUAAAUGUGGGCAUUUUCCUCACUGAAGUGAUAACAUUCUUCACACCAUCGAUUUGGAUCGUGUUCGGCAUCGUAUUUUGGGAAGGAUUGCUCGGCGGUGGCGCUUACGUCAAUACAUUCUAUCGAAUGUCCAAAGAAAUUCCUGAAGAUAAACGUAAUUUUGCGCUCGGUGUUGUACCCGUUGCCGAUGCAAUUGGUAUUGCUCUUGCCGGCGUCUUUGCAAUGCCCGUUCACAAUGAAUUGUGCCGAUUGCCAAUGCCAUCCCGAGGAUAAACCAGAUUAACUUUGUUUUAAGUAUAUAAGUAGCAUUAUUUUAUUUUCCCUGUUGUAUUUAUCAACGAAAACAUUUUUUUUUCUGCCUAGAUUUAAGUAGGUCGUACAAUAUUUUAGACAUAAGUGUUAUUGCGAAAAACAGAAUGAAGUGAAGUGUUUAGAGCUGCAGCUUUUUUCACACAACACACAAACAACGCAUCGAAAAGACUAAUUGUAUAUUGUUAUUGUUCCAUUUUGUGUGUGUAUCGCGAAGUGAUCGAAUUUAAUAGCUCAGUAGAUGUUAAACGUGAGAGUAUUAUCAUAAGUGAGAUGUAUUAUAUAUACGAUUUUAUCGAGUCAAGCAAUAAAUUGGCAUAUUUUGGCCACCACUCAGAAUAUACGCACAAAA